AGGAAAGGCCUGCCCAUAGUGCAGGUAAAGUUCCACAGCGCACAAAUAUGCGCAGAGUCCUUACGAGCCAAACAGAUGUGCAGGCACUUGGACAUAGGCGCGCGCCUGCCACUAAUGCUGGCACCAAAAGGGCUAUUUAAAUUGGCUGCAGUAGUUGUCCCAUUGCCGUAUGGUCUUUUCCCUGCUUGUGUUCCCUGAUUCCUGUGAUUGUCUCCUGAUACCGAACCAGCCUGUUUCUGACCUCUGCUUGGUUGCUACCUGCCCUGACCUCUGGCUUGCCUUGGAUUAUUCUUCUGUCUCCGCUCCUGUCUGAUUGAGCCUCUAUUACUGAUUUGGCCUGUGACCUGACUACUCUUCCUCCUGCCGCUUUAAGCCUGAUCUGCCUGACCAAUACUGAACCCGGCUCUCGUCUGACCCUGCAUCCUCAGCACGCUGCUCUCGGGUUUCCAU